UACGCCGUCAACAACACAGACAACGAGCGACAGAGCGAGAUGGGAUGGGAAGCAUUGAGAAACGUGAUUCGUCCUUUGGCUAGAGCUGUUGUAAAGCAUAGUGCCGAACAUUUCCCGGCGCCGUCGCCCUUGCCGGCAUUAACAGAGUUACGUUGGUCUUUUGGUUCACUGCAGCAGCACACUCCAUGGAUUCCGUUGUCGAAUGGUAUUAAUAGCUUAACAGAAACUCGAUUUCCCAAGAGAAGACCCAUCGACAAACCUCGAAGAAAAAGGGCCAGCUUAAAACCACCAGGUCCAUAUGCUUGGGUUCAGUACACACCGGGCGAACCAAUAGCUGCAAACAACCCUAAUGAAGGAAGUGUUAAGGGAAGGAAGGAGAAGAAGCGCAUGAGGCAGCGGAGGGCAUUUAUACUGUCAGAAAGAAAGAAACGAAAAGUUCAAUUGCAAGAAGCUAAUAAGAAGAAAAAAAUCAAGAGGGUAGAGCGUAAGAUGGCCGCGGUGGCAAGGGAAAGAGCAUGGGCUCAAAGACUAGCAGAGCUGCAGCAGCUAGAGGAAGAGAAGAAGAGAUCCAUGGCUUGAAAGGAAACAGGUUGGGACAUAAUAUGCUUGCUAUU